UCAACUGCUCCGGUGUGGUGUGGUGCCUUUCUUCUUCGACGCCGCCGCCAUGCCUGUUGCUCACCGGCGGCGGCGCUCAUGGCAAAUACCGUGCAACUAGGGUUAGCUGGGGCAACAAAGUUAAGCUGAGUGAAUUCGGUGCAUGAGGCAGCCAUGAAAACCCGUUCCAAUGGCAGCGCCCUCAUUCUCAACUACCACGCUUACACCGGUGCUGAUCCACCUCCUGCGCGGCGCCUCCGACCUCGCUUCCGUCGUGGCCAUCCACGCCAAGCUCCUCAAGGCCGGAGUUGCGUCCACUAUCGCCUCCUCCAACCAUCUCCUCGCUGCUUACUGUCGCUGCGGCUCGAUGAGCCACGCCCGUGACCUGUUCGACAGAAUGCGGGACCGGGACGUCGUCUCCUGGACGACGCUCAUGUCUGGGUACACCGCAUCCGGUCGGCCCCAGGAGGCUAUCGCCGUUCUCCUCGCCAUGGAGUUUAGCUGUGUGCAGCCUAACGUGGUCACCUUAUCGACGGCCGCCAGCACCUGCGCGCGCCUUGCGGACGCGGGGCUCGGCCGGCAGGUGCACGCCCGCGCGGAGGUCGCCGGGUGCGCGCGCGACACCAUCGUCUCCACCGCACUCGUCGACAUGUAUGGCAAGGCCGGCCGCGUCGAUGACUCGCGCGCUGUGUUCGAUGGCAUGGCUGCGCCUGGGAGGAAUGCCGUGUCGUGGGGCGCGAUGCUGGCUGUGUACUCGCAGAAUGCGCUCGGGAACGAGGCGAUCCAGCUCUUUGCCGAGCUCACGACAAGUGGCUGUGGUCUGACGCCCAACCACUUCAUGCUGUCCAGCGUCUUGAGCGCGUGCGCCAGUGUGGUACGUCACUUGAAGUCCAUCCAGUGACACGACGGCUUCGCCCCUUCCCGCCAACACUUUCACAAAUCACAUUGUGGUGUUACCCAUACGUGGUGUCGCCUCUGGUGACGACGUGACGUCACCAGAGGCGAAAAUGAUAAUGGCUCGACAACUGAGUUCUGGAACGCUCUUUUGAUAAGGAGUGAAAGAGAGCUGCGCGAGAGACUGGUGGGUUUCACCGUUGCUGCAGUCCUGAAAAGGACAACAUAUUCGUUCAAUGGUACCUCUACUGAAAACAUCUGGUUUCCUGUCGGAGUCGCCCAAAUGGAUUCUUGGGUAUCUAUGAAUGUUGGAGAAGUGUAUAACCAGCUCAAGUAUCUCGGAUCUAGGAUCAAAGUUCUAGGAAACAGGAUCGACUCCGCAUGUCGAUACUCCGUAGAAGAAACCUGCCCCGCUCUGCACCUGUCCACUUCGAGUCGACUGAUGUAGCCAUCUGCAGAGAGAGACACACGUUGACAAGGUGCAGGGUGUCGAUGAUCUUGUGCUCCGUCCUGGAGCCGGUAUGGCACUGCGUCUGCGUAUGCUGCGGAGGCAUGGUGGACAAGCUACUCUGCAGUCAUUCUUCAUCAUGCAGGCGUCCCCUUUGAACGCCAACCAAGAUGAAGGGUUGCUCGUUCUCUCAGGACCCGCUGUCCCACUUUGCCCUUCUGCGGCAUUCUGCUGCAGAGGUCGACGCCGGUUACAUGUUGCAGAAAUGGGGAAGAAGCGAUAGUUAUGGAUGGUUUGCUCUCACAAAUUUGCUCAAGAUGCCUCUUGCUAAAUGUUCAAGCAAUUCAUAAACAAAAUAAGUGUGUAAACAAAUCUAGAGUCUUCCACUAAAAAAUAAAUAAAACAGGAUUCAUGUGCAUCUGCA